AUGGAACAACAGAAGAAACUAGCUGAGCUGGAAGAAAGGCACAGAUUGCAUGAAUUAGAGGUCAGAUUAGCAGAAGCCCAAAUGCAAGAACAGCUAGAACAUGAUGAGGAUGAUGAUUAUCCAGAAAGGUUGGAUCACUUGGAGGAACAGGUUGAUCAUCCUAUAGCUGCUAGUGGUAAGAACAACAACAUUGAAACCUUCACGAGGGACACCACAGAUAUCCCAAGAGUCGCAUUAGCUAAUCAAACAAGUUUGGAGACCCACAAUUCCCCAUCAGCACAGAGACCACCCGAAAUGGCGAGAUUCCACCACAGCCGAGUCCACCAUAUGCAAGAAGACCACCAGGGGAGUGUGACCAGCAACCGUCAUCCCAUGAUCGCCUACCAUUGGAACCAAACCCACAAUCGGGGCAAUCACUUGGUUGUUAUCAUGAACAAUCAUUCAAUAUACAAGGGCGUCAACCCCCUGUGUUCGUCCCCCGGCAUCUCAGUGGUCAACACAACCCACAACAUUUAGGAACUUAUAUCACCGACAAUGUACCAUUACCAGAACCCAAUACUGCUGCCCAGCAGAUAUUUGAGCAUCAACAACAAGCCCUCAACUUGAUGGCAAGCACAAUUGGAACCACUAUCAUAAGCAAGGGAUUCGAAAUGCCACGAAGAGAGAUAUGACCUUUGAUGGCAACCCAUUGACUUAUCCGAGCUUCAUGGAGAAUUUCAAAACUAAUGUAGAAGAUAUUGAGCCCAGCCCUAACGCUAGACAUAACUUUCUGAUACAACUAUGCGGUGGAAAGGCGAAGGAAGCUAUAAGUGGAACAGUAAUGUUAGCUGCAUAGGAAGGUUAUAUUAAAGCCAAGUCUAUCUUACAUGAGAUUUUUGGACAACACCCAUAGUUGCAGCAUCUCACAUCGAUAAAAUUACUGGAGGAGGACCAAUCAAAGAGAAUGAGAAUGAAAGAUUGAUCAGCUUGCACAAGACAUGGAGAAUUGCAAGAUGAACCUGAACACACUUGGCUAUCAGGCUGAUAUCAACUCAAGAAGCAACAUGAGUGCUGUAGUCAUGCGUCUCCCGAAAUAUGUUCGUUCGGAGUGGGCCAAAGAAGCACAAAACUCGAGAGAUCGGAGUAAAGAACCAGACUUUGCACAGCUGACGAGAUUUGUUCUUAAGAAGGCAAAGCUAGCCAACACUGAAUAUAGUCGACUGAUAAGUGCAAGAUCCAACAACGAAAAGCAAUUUGGUAAGGGGUCUCGAGUGGGCAGGAAUGUAUCGACUUACCUAUCACACGGUUCAAACACAGAGAUAAAGGGACCAGGGGUGGAAAAAAUAUUUUAUUUUCUGGGACCGCAAUGAAAAGUGGGAAAAUUUUCUGUGAGUUGUCGACAAAAAUCCUGUAUAAUUUAAAUUAAUUAAAGACUAAAAUUUUUCUAUUGGCAUAUAUUUAAGGUGAAGAUCAAGGUCAAAGUCAAGGUCACGAAAAGGGCCUUUUUAAUCAUUUUUUUUUUAAAUGAAGGUCAAGGUCACCAAAAAAGGGGCCUUUUAACACUUUUUAUUUAAACAUUAACUGCAAUGUCAAUUUCGUAUUAUUUACAACUAUACAUCUACUUAAAAUGUUCACUCCAAAAUGUCUGGGUUUCUUCUUCUAAUAGCUUGGAUCCUGUUCCUCAACUGGUCCCGUGUGGCUGACGAUUCAGGUACUCUUAGGCUAAAGGAACGACGUACAGACACCCAGUCUAUGCAUCUCUGUUCUCCAACAUGUCUGCCUCACUAGUUCGAGGAGGAUGUCGUCAGAGUCUUGUGGUGGUGGUCGGUGAGGAGGGUUAGGGUCAUGCUGUGGCAGAAGAUCUAGGACCUGGACUAUAUCAGCUGCAGGUGGUGGAGGUCGUUGAUUUAGCUCGGGUAAUGUGUGGUGCUGCAGGAGGCCACACCGGUUUUCCGCUCUUACUUGCGUUCUGAAUCAAUAACUUCAGAUCUCCAUACACUCGUUUUUCGGCCAUAGUAAGCUCUCUUUGCAUGUGGUGGUUCAUGACACCGUUUCUUGUUAGUAUUGGCUGUACAUUCACGUUAACCUUCGACUAGCUCACAUUUAUGAUGAAACUUUGAGGGUGGAACAUUUGGUGUUCUAGCAGGUGGUUCAUGGCAUUGGUCAGAAGCGUCAUUCUGAUGGGGAUCUCUUUGCGCAAACCACUGACAAGGUUUGGCUUAGAGGUGAGGACAUGGAGGAUCGAUGCCAGCCUCUGGGAGAGAUUAACUCCUUGAUGGGUGUUUAUGGGCGAGGUGAUGGGUUCAGGUUAGGCUUUACCAGAGGUAAUGAAAUCAACUGAUAAUGACACCGUGAUAAAAUUAUCAAAAUUUAUGUAAAGUCAUGCUAAUAAAGUCAUUUGUUACUGUUACUACUUCCUAUAGAAAUAAAAAUUGGGAAUCGAAAUUAAGGACAGAGGGGAACGUUGCGGAUAGCAAAUUUUGGAACCAGGGCAGUGGUACGAUACAAAGCCAACAAAGGGCCAAAGGGGGUAGAACAAGGUCGCCUGCAAAUGAGGCUACAUUCUGCUAUCAAAGUUCUUUCGUAAAUUAUUUUUGGGGCACCCCACCCCCUACACCUAGUGUCUGUCCCUGAACAAAAUGGCUAUUUAUUGGUACAGUUACUCUCUUUCUUUCUACUCUUUUUCUUUCCUUCUUUUUUUUCUUUCUUUCCUUUUCCUUCUUUUCUUUCUUUCCUUUUCCUUCUUUUCUUUCUUUCUCUCUUUUUCUUCCUCUUUUUUCUUUCUGCCAGCAUAAAAAAUUUUCUGGGACCAACGGUCCCAUGGUCCUCUAUAUUUUCCACCCCUGAAAGGGACAUUCUGGAGAUUAUUCACGGCAUGGGAACAACGGGCAGACCAAAAUGUUUAUUUUGCGACAGAGAUGGUCACAGAAUCGAAAAAUGUUUGAAGUUUCAAGGGAAGCCCUAUGAAGAGCGAAAUACCAUCGUAAACAUGAGGAAACUGUGCAACCUUUGUCAUUGCAAGGGUCAGUUCGCUAGUAACUGCAAGAGGAGUCGUGACUUUUUUUUCCAGGAUGCGGAAAGCACCACCAUCCAAUGCUCCAUCCCGCAGAGACUGCCAAGGAUGGAAAGAAAGAUGUGCCAGAAAAUCAAAACGAAGAGAGAAAACCAGACUCAUCUGCAGCUCCAACCAGAAAUGUUCAGACUGGUCACUGUGGUGCCACCGGAACUAUCAGGAAUCGAGUGUGCUUAUGAGUAAUUCCUGUAAAGGUGUUUGGGAAAGAUAGAAGUUGUGAGAAGAUAACUUAUGUGAUAAGAGACAAAGGUUCAAAUACCACUUUGUGAAAGAGAGUCUAGUCGAAGAAUUGAACUCGAACGGACAGCCGAUAGAUAUCACGCAAGGUCGUAUGAAGGAGCCAUAUGCCAUUAGAACGCCCCUUGGCUGGUCAGUCGCUGGUCCAAUGGAGAGUGCAUCUGUGAACGAAGUGAGUUCCUUCUUUAUUCAAGUUUGAGGAUGAUACCUUUACUGAGAAGGUGAACAAGAUGUUCCAAAUGGACUUUAGUGAGACUCUUCCCAAAGUACACAAACUAUCCUCUCCUGCUUCUCCUGACAACCUUAAUCAAUUAACUGGCCGACCAAUCAUUACCGUUCACUCUUGGACUACUUCAAACGUUUCAAAACUAUUUGGUACAGAAUUAGACAAUAUUAUUUUACAACUUAAAAACCUUUAUAUUUCUCAAGAUAAACGAUUUUCUUUAAUUUAUAAUUCUUCAGAGCUUGUUGACAUAUUACAACAACAGCACAUUACAGACAUUAACAAUUUUAAACUUACUACUUUUGAUUUUUCUUCUUUAUACACCAACAUUACUUUUCAAGACACCAUCAACACUAUAAUUAAGAGCUGUGAAUUACUUAAACAUUCUACCUUUUACCGAUACUUUUUACUUAACGUGAACAAUUUUAUUAACAACUGA